AUGGGCUUUGUUGCUUUCAACAAUUUGCCGACCGAGAUUCGGUCCAUGGUCUGGGCAUACGCCCUACCAGAGCCUCGAGUAUACGAGAUUCUUGACACGCCAUUUUCAACGCUCAGGACACCGGCCUCUACAGGGCUCAUGUUCUCCAGCAGCUCGAAUGAUCCCCCCCCUGUACUGGCAGCCGUAUGCAGAGAGUCCCGUGCCUUCGUGCUUCAUCGCUACCGGCCACUAACACUCUCCGACACAAUCAAGUACAUCGACCCAAGCCGAGAUAUAAUUCUGCUUCAGCCCUACCUCUUAAUCAAAAGGUUAUUGAGGACUCUGCAUUCUCUCGCAGAGGUGGAUUUCAUGAAGAGAGACCUGAGCCAAGUGGCAUUAGGGACAUCAUAUGGAUUCAGCACUGGUAUCUACCACCCCAUACUAAGCGGCAAAGUAUCGAAAAACAACAUGAAAACGCUCGUGAAAAAGCUCGCAAGGUUCUCCAAAUUGGGGAAAGUUCUAUUUGUUGUUCAUGAGGGAUUCAAGUGUGUCAUCUCAAAACCCCACGGAGCGGAGUCGCAACUUGAGCUUCUAUCCAGCAGCUUCGUGAAAUCCCAAGAAGAUGACCUGUCGAGGACCACCUGGCAUUUUCGUGGGAACGAGAUACAAUAUUAUCCUCUUCACUUUGAAGAAGAGGUGGAAGAGGACGAGCCUGACAUAGAGGAUGACGACGUGGAGCUGAACCGCAAGCCGACGAACGAGGAUUGGCGACGAUUUAAACGACGAUUCCUGAAGGCUGUAUAUUCAACACUGAUGAGAGAGCUGCAAGAAAAGCCAAGACAAGAGCACCUUCCUUUCCUGAUCGAAGGCGCAAGUAUCCUAUGGAGAUAUGAAGCAUCAUAA